AUGGCGCCCUUUCUUACCACGGUAACAAACACCAUUCGAUCGGUUGAUAUCAGCAGUCCGGACACCACAGCUGAAUACUUUGCUGCACAAUGGGUGAAUCCUGGAGAUAUCUUUUCGGUCCUCCUUCUUCUUGGGCCGGAGAUUGUUCAGCAGGCUGUGGCCCAAUUAGCCGGAAGAUCUAUCACACCAGUUGCGUUCUCCUUUGGGUGGGUCGCGUACUCUACGAAGGCCCUAAAGCUUGCUCUAACCGAAAUAGAUGGUCGAUUGAUGCCCGACACCGACAUGGCGAAUACAAUGGUGAUCGCUGCCGGGACAGGACAUGUUCGCACGACGAGUAAUUGGAUUCUUGGCCGGUUACUCCGAGAUAUGGACGAUCGGGAUGACAGCAGCGCGAAAAAUGAACAGCCCCAUGUUCCACCUAGUAGGGAUGACUUGCCGACUGCCGAGACGGAGAAGAGGCUGAAUCACAGCAUGCCGUGGCAAGCGCUCAGAAUCUCUGUCUUUGAAGUGGUUGAGGAGCCAGAUUGCCUGCAUGGCGUCCCACAUCGCGACUGGCUAUGGUUCUCCGGUUUCAUCGUCAUUACUAUUCAGCUGGUCAUUGCCAUGUUGCCCUGGGUAUUCCAUGGUGAGUGGGGAACCUUUCUCAUCACUGCAUAUGGGAAUUUUCUUGCCCUGGUGGGGGCCUCUCUUCCACAGUGGAAACGAGAAAAAUGGUCAUGUCCAAAGCAGGGUGGGGCGACAGUCACCAUAACCCAGGGAAAUGGCAGCCGGCAUGCAGUUGUCAUUCUGGGCAAAAAGGGCGUGGGCUUGGAUCUCGAGAUCCUAGCUCAGGGGACCCGCACUGCGCCACCUUCAAGGUCCACUCGUUUCGCUGCCGGUGUUCUGUUGGUCCAGUGGCUCGGACUCCUAAUAACAGCUGCUGGCCUAAAAAUUGAUACAUGGUAUCUCCUUGGAGUCGGAGCCUUGGGAAGCCUACAGAAUUUGAUAGCAGCUGGUGCACCACGACAGCCUAGAGCGCUUGGAGUCCACAUCAAAGACACAGGCCGCCCAAUAUCGGGUACACGGGUUGCGCAUGUUUUGAAAAUGGCCGAAGAGCAAUAUCCUGGCGUGGGCAUCUCAUUGGUGCCAAUAUUCUUCCCUGGAUCCAUGAGGAUCCGUGAGCAAGACUUUGCAUUUUGGCGGGAUGCGCAAGAGCGUAUAAUGGCCCCUAACCAGCAUGGAACGCGGCUUGAUAAUCUCCCUCCCCUUUGA